AUGCAGAACGUCGAGAUUUCUUCUCUCCAACAAACUCCCAGCAAGACAUCAUCAUCACUCAUCUUAACACUACAAACCAUCAACAGCAUUCAGCAGUAUACAACACUCAUCUCGACUAUGACCAAAAGGAAAUUCGACAUCAAUGACUUUAUUGACACGUCACAAUUCUACUCCGAUGGUGAGGAUAACAGACAAAACGGCAGUUUAAAGAAAAGCAAAGUCACGGAGACCUCGACAAACCACGAUCCCAAUGUCCCCGUCGAGGAGCCUGUCGAGAAUCAACCUGAUCUUGAAUCGUCACAGCCAGAGAGUUCAAACGCCCAGAACACUGGAAGUGGCCCUGCAAACCUCCGUUCGGGUGGCACAACCGAGGAGGAUCUCGGCACGGAAACAGUAGACCCCAACCCUAACGCCCACGCAUCUGAUCCUGGACCGUCGCAGCCGGAGGGUUCAAAUUUCCAGAACACUGGAAAUGUCUACCAUGCGUCGAGUCUUGUCGCUCAAGCGGAAGGUGAUCAGAGACAAACCUUCAACCCUGAAUCAAAUUCAGCUUAA